AUGUAUAAACAACGAAUUUCCAAAGAAUUAUCGAAAUUAUCUAAAGGUUCAGAUGCUAACGGUAUUUUUAUCGAUAAGGAUUUGAAAGAAGGAGAUGAUCAUAUUAUUUUGAAUGCUCAGAUAAUAGGACCAGAAAAUACUCCAUAUCAUAACGGAGUUUUUCAUCUGAAAAUUUAUAUACCGCACCAGUAUCCUUUUGCUCCACCUUCAAUUAAGUUUAUCACUAAAAUUUACCAUCCAAACAUUGACGAUGGGGGAAGAAUAUGCUUAGAUCUAAUGCAAAUGCCGCCUUCUGGUAACUGGAAACCAACAACUAGUUUAGAAGGAUUAUUAAUUGCUAUUAGAAUGCUUAUGGAAAGUCCUAAUCCAGAUGACCCAUUAAUGCCAGAGAUUGCUCAUGAGUAUAAGCUGUAUCGCCAGUUGUUUGAUAAAAAAGCACUUGAUCAUACCAAAGAAUAUGCCUCAAUGAAAAGUCAGUAA